AUGGCAUCAUCGCAUCAGUAUCGCAACUCGUACUUUGACACUACUGAGCAAUCCCGUCGUCAACAGCGCACUCGCUCCAGCGAGGGUACCGUCAGCACCACUAUGAGCUCGUCGACGGGCCGCGAGUCGGCAGCGACUCACGUUACAGAAGCACCAACCUUUUCCAAGAAGAUUGUUGUUGUUGGCGAUGGUGGCUGUGGCAAGACCUGUCUGCUCAUCAGUUACAGCCAAGGUUACUUCCCAGAGAAAUAUGUACCUACCGUGUUUGAGAACUACAUCACCUAUCCUAUCCAUUCACCCACCGGUAAGACUGUGGAGCUUGCAUUGUGGGAUACUGCAGGCCAAGAGGAAUAUGACCGUCUCCGACCGCUCUCAUACCCAGAGACCGACUUGAUCUUUGUAUGCUUUGCUAUCGACUGCCCGAACUCCCUAGACAAUGUCCUUGAUAAGUGGUAUCCCGAGGUUCUCCACUUCUGCCCCUACACUCCUCUAGUCCUUGUCGGCCUCAAGUCAGAUCUUCGCUACAAGAGGGCCUGUAUUGAUAUGCUCAAGACACAGGGUCUUACGCCAGUCACUACGGAGCAGGGCAUGACUGUUGCGAAGAAGAUGAGCGCCCAGUACAUGGAGUGCAGUAGUAAAGAGAUGACAGGAGUCGACGAGAUUUUUGAGCAGGCUAUCAACACUGUCGUCGCUAAUGACCGGAAAACCAUUGAAGCAGCAGCAGCAUCAGGUUCUUCUAAGGAAGGCAAGUCAUCAUCAUCAUCAACACCUGGGGUGGGACAGAUUAAGAGGAAGAAGAGAAGGUGUCCGAUCCUCUAA